AGUCUGUCCCAUCCAGGUAAAGGUGGGAAUGAGAAUUGGAAUUGGAACAAGUGGACCUUUGAUAUCCCUUUCCCUUAUAUAUAAGUCACACAAAUGUGCAUCAUGUUUCUUCCCAAAAUGAAAAAUACCCCACAACACAAACACACAUAACCACAUCCCCAACCCCCAUUCCCAUUCCCUCCCUCCACUUUCAAUAUCAUUAUCAAUCUCUCUCUACUCUCUUCCUCCCUCAUAUACACAUACACAUACAAAUACAAAAUAAUACAGAGCUGAGUUCCUUGCAGAAAAACACUACACUCGUUCUAAAGAUGGAGACUGAGCAGCCGCUUAUCAAACUUCCCAUUGGCUUCAGAUUUCACCCCACUGAUCAAGAACUGCUCCUUCACUACUUGAAGAGGAAACUCUACUCUUUACCACUCCCUCCCACCCUCAUUCCUGAUCAUGUCGACGUUUUCCACUCCAAUCCUUGGGAUUUGCCUGGGGACUUGAAGGAGAAGAGAUACUUCUUCUGCAAAACAAAGAUGAAUUUUAUGAACAAAUGCAGUUUGAUGAGUAGCGAUUGUGGGUACUGGAAAUCCAGUGGCAAGGACAAGCAAGUUAUGGCUCCCGGAAGUGGAACCAAUCUACUAAUUGGGAUCAAGAAGUGUUUCCUCUUCCAUCAAGGGAAAACGUCCCCUCAACUCAAAACUCAAUGGGUUAUGCAUCAGUUUUGCCUUGUGGCCUCUUUCACCACACCAUUCUUUUUAGCUCAGAAACUAAUGAUGCAAGUGGGCGAUUGGGUUGUUUGCCGUGUGUACCAAAGGAAGAGGAAAGCAAGAAAUCAGGUGGCUAAUUACAUCAAAAAACCUAGGACUUUGCAGGGGAUCCGGACAAAGGAUCAUAUGAAUUUAAGGAUGGGAGAGGAGAAUGAAUUGGGAUUUUCAUCUGCUCAAACGUGUUGUUCAUCAUCUUGUUGUAGUGGGAUUACUGAGAUCUCUUGUAAUGAAUUAGAUGAGGAAGCAAGUAGUCAAGCCAGCCCUUGCUGGAAAUAAAGAUUAAAAAUUGAGUUUUUGCGUCUUGGUUUUGGGAUUGGAAAAGGUAGAGUAGUAUGAGUUGUGAUGAAAGCAGUGAAUGAUUUUUGAAGUUAAAGAAGCAGCAUUGAUUAUUGCCAGAAUCUGAAGACUAUGUAUGUUAUUCGAAAAAGGCAAUUGAUUUUGGCAAGUAAAAUUGAAAAAAGUGGAUGCAGAAAGCAACACAAAUAAUAAAGAGA